AUGGAGAGAAUCAUCAACUUUAUAUUCUGGUGCUAUGAAGUAUUACAACCGACUCCAGGCGGAUUCGACGUCUUCUAUGCCCUCACUGCGGUACUUGGAUUCGGAUUGUUUCAUGGAGUCGACAAUCACUCGAACAAGGAUCUCACGUACUACGAACAACUCAGCGCAGCGUCCCCCUCCACACUACAUGGAUACGCAGCUGGAGUUGUUUCGACGAUUCUUCCGAUUGAGGCGUUGGUCACCGUCGUUCUCCCGAUCAACUACCUGGUGGCCUACCCGGAGCUCUUCCAUGAAGACCACCACAACACAGCUUCACGUGGAAUUUUCCUAUACUCCAUCUUCGCGGGGAAGUGCUUCGGGUGGCGGGCGACGAUGCUUCUGAUGGCUGCUGGUUUCGGGAUUUCUCCUCUGUUUUCGACACAUCACUCUUCGCUCGCGUAUGAAGAAGAGUUGAUCUACAAAAUGGGUUUCGUCAUGCUUCUCCAGAUUGUUACCUUCUCGUUGUUUGUCGUGAAAAAUGUGAAAGUUGAGCCACGCCACGUCAUCGCUUCACUGGAAAUCUUCUCGAAGAUUCUCGGCAAGAGGAUGCAAAACUGGUGGACCAUCUUCAUCUGUCGAUUAUGGAAUCUUCUUGGAUGGAGCCACGAGUUGAAGAAAUUCAAUUUGAUGAAGGAUGGUCACCGAGGGAAAGUUCUGAAGUUCUUUCACCUGUUCUCGCAGCUUGAUGAGAUGAAAAGAGCUCCGGAGAGAGCGUUGGAUGUCAUCGCCGAGGGAGCACAGUCUGGAGGCACGGUGUCCAUCGUUUCCUGCAAAUUCGAUGAUACCGAAGUGACGUCUAGUGGUGAAGAACUUAUCGCCUCUGGAAGUCCUGAAUUCAAGCUCUUCCAGUUCUUGAAGAACAAGAGGCCACGAUCGAAAAAGUUGAAGGAGAAUUUCGUGAAGCGUCACUUCAGCGAAGGACUUCAACUGUGCAAAGAGAAGGGACAGGUUGCUAUCGAAGGUGGAUACGUCAGAUGUAGAGUGUUCAAUUGGGAUAAGGAUACAGUCAAGGCGAGACUUGUAAAUAUCUCCAGGAACGUCAUCCCAAAAAACACGACACAUUUGGUGGAGCUGAUAGACAGAGGACUAAUCAAUGCAACGAUUACCGUCAGCGGAAAGUAUAAUAGGAACGAUCAUAUUCAAUCCCACUUCACAUUUAUCAUUCCGAAUCAUGCUCGGUAG